GCCACUUGCCAGCUCCGCGCCUCUCUCUCUCUCCUUCUAAAAACCAGUCUCAACUUUCUCUCUCUAGAAGUGCAGACAAAAAAUGUCGUCCGAUGAGGAAGGAGGAGAGGAGUACCUCUUCAAGAUUGUCAUAAUCGGCGACUCUGCCGUCGGGAAAUCAAACCUUCUCUCUCGCUACGCCCGGAACGAGUUCAACGCCCAUUCAAAAGCAACGAUCGGCGUCGAGUUCCAGACGCAGAGCAUGGAGAUCGAAGGCAAAGAGGUCAAAGCUCAGAUUUGGGACACUGCUGGUCAAGAACGCUUCCGUGCCGUCACCUCCGCGUACUACCGCGGCGCCGUCGGAGCACUCGUCGUCUACGACAUCAGCCGUCGCUCCACCUUCGAGAGCGUCGGACGUUGGCUUGACGAGCUGAAGACACAUUCGGAUACAACGGUGGCGAGGAUGCUGGUGGGGAACAAGUGCGAUCUAGAUAACAUGAGAGCAGUGAGCGUGGAAGAAGGCAAAUCCCUAGCUGAAAAACAAGGACUAUUCUUCAUGGAAACAUCGGCUCUUGAUUCAACAAACGUUAAAACAGCGUUUGAAAUGGUAAUCCGCGACAUCUACACAAAUGUUAGCCGGAAACAACUCAACUCCGAUACACAUAAAACCGAACUGAAGUGGAACAGCCGAGUAAGUCUCGUUAAGGACGACAAUAAGGGAUCUAACCAAGGGUUUGGUUUAUCUUGCUGUUCCUCCUCUUGACCUCACUUAUGGUUUCUAAAUUAUUUACCUUUUGCUUCAUUUGUUACUUCACAAAGUUUCAUAAGAUUUACUUUUGUUUUUUUCUCCCAAAGAAAAAGAAAGCAAAGAUCAUAUUGAUUCAUAUCUGUAAUAAAUGAAACCAAAUGGAAGAGAAAGAUAUUUUUGUUUAACAUUCAAGGAGAUUAGUAUUUUUUUU